AUGCGCGCUUUUAUCGUCAUGUGCCUUGUGGCCAUUGCCACCGCCGACAAGCUGGGCUAUAACUAUCAGCCCGUCGAGCACUCCGGUUCAGGAUUGUCAUUCAAUCCCGGUAGCAACCCCACUGGCUCACUGGCCCCAUCUGGCCAUUCUUUGGAUGCUCCGGACUCCCAUGACGCCCCUGCUCCAGCUGCUGAAUUGGAGAAGGAAUUCUUCACAUACACUGCUAACGAUGAAGACUUUGAUGAGCCCGCAGCUUUGGAGAAGGUGUCCGGCUCUCUGAACAAGGCUUUGCGUGUUAUUUUCAUCAAGGGACCCGAGAACCGUGGACUAGAAAAUGCUGCUCUGGGUUUGGCCAAGCAGGCUGCCCAACAGGAGACCGCCAUCUAUGUCCUGAACAAACAGUCCGAUAUCGGUGAUCUGGCCAACAAACUGAAUGCCGUCCGCGGCAACAACAACAACAAGCCCGAGGUGCACUUCGUCAAGUACCGCACUCCUGAGGAUGCUGCCAACGCUCAGCGUGCUAUUCAGGGACAAUAUGAUCAGCUGGGUGGUUCAACGGCUAAUCACGAUGGUGGUGUUGCCCCAGUUCUUAACUUUGCCUCGCAAGCACCAGCCGCCGUUCACGAAAACCCCAAAGCAACUUCCGCUCCCGGAAACAGUUACCUGCCAGCAAACAUUUUUCGCCGCCUUCGCAUUUAA